CUCCUCCGCCUCCGCCUCGCCGCCACCACGCCCCCGCCGCCCUAUCCCAUUCCACCCUCCCCCCCCCCACUCUCUCCUCGCAUGGCGACAGCCCCUUGCCGGUAGCCCUAGAUCCAGACAUCCCUCGCCCACGCAGCAACAGCCCUCCUCCCUCCCACCUCCAUCCAUGCCCAUGGACGCGGGGAAUGGCUGCAGUGCCCGGGCGCUGGUGGCGUGCGUCAUCGGCAGCAUCGUGCUGGGCGCCUCGGUGCUCGCGCUCCACCUCGCGGGCGGGCCUGCCGCCAUCCCGCACCUGCCCCUGCCUCCGCUUUUCGGCACGCUCCGCCGCCGCCGCCGCCGCCCCGUGCGGGUCUACAUGGACGGCUGCUUCGACAUGAUGCACUACGGACACUGCAACGCGCUGCGCCAGGCGCGCGCGCUCGGGGACGAGCUCGUCGUCGGCGUCAUCAGCGACGACGAGAUCAAGGCCAACAAGGGGCCCCCCGUUACGCCGCUCCACGAGAGAAUGAUAAUGGUCCGUGCUGUGAAAUGGGUAGAUGACAUCAUUCCAGAUGCACCUUAUGCCAUAACUGAAGAAUUCAUGAACAAGCUGUUCAAUGAGUAUAACAUAGAUUACAUCAUCCAUGGAGACGAUCCUUGUUUGCUACCAGACGGUACUGAUGCAUAUGCUCUUGCCAAAAAGGCUGGUCGAUACAAGCAGAUUAAGAGAACCGAGGGAGUGUCAACAACAGACAUUGUUGGACGGAUGCUUCUUUGUGUUAGAGAGAGAUCAUCUGAUGCACAUAAUCAUUCUUCACUACAAAGGCAGUUCAGUAGCGGACAUGGUCAGAAAGUCGAUGAUACUGGAUCUGGAACUGGUACAAGAGUAUCUCAUUUCCUUCCCACAUCUAGGCGAAUAGUUCAGUUCUCAAAUAGCAGGGGUCCAGGUCCAGAUUCUCGAAUAGUUUACAUGGAUGGUGCUUUUGAUCUGUUCCAUGCUGGACACGUCGAGAUAUUACGACUUGCUCGAGAACUUGGAGAUUUUUUGCUUGUGGGGAUUCACACAGAUCAGACCAUAAGUGCAACACGAGGACGACAUCGCCCAAUCAUGAAUCUCCAUGAGCGAAGUUUGAGUGUUUUGGCUUGUCGUUAUGUUGAUGAGGUGAUCAUUGGUGCUCCAUGGGAUGUUUCAAAAGACAUGAUUACCACAUUCAAUAUUUCGUUAGUUGUUCAUGGAACUAUUGCUGAAAACAUGGACUUUACGGAGGAUGAUUUACACCCAUAUGCUGUUCCAAUGGCUAUGGGCAUUUACCGCCGACUGGAGAGUCCCUUGGAUAUCACUACAAGUACUAUCAUCAGGAGGAUUGUUGCUAACCACGAAGCCUACCAGAAGCGGAACGAGAAGAAGGAAGCAAGCGAGAAGAAGUACUACGAGAGUAAAAGCUUCGUCAACGGGGAGUGAAGUUACGAGUAGCAGAACUUGGAUGAAGAUUGCUGCCUAGACCGUUUAGCAACUGCAACAGUUGGGCGAUCUACAGACUACAGCCGUACCUUUUCUUCGGUAUCUUUGAUGUUCCGCUGACAUAGCUUAGGAAGCAUGAGCAAAAAUGACUAGGCAGAGGAGAUGGCGAGUCUAGGAGCAUUUCCAUCGUUUCCCUAGCGUCUUCAGCCAAUUCCCUGCCCCCGCUGUAUUGUAUGUAUAUGCGCCUUCCAGCUGAGUUGCAUUUGAGAUCUAUAGGCUUUUCCACCCAUUGAAACUAUGCGCCACAGUAUGAAAACCCUGAAUGUUAGCGUGGUUGACAACU